AUGUGUGGCGACCGUGACUGUGGCUGUACUGUAACAGGAACAGUGAAUGAUAGCAAAGAAUGUUUAACACUUGGUGGACAGUGUUUAUGUGCAUCUAAUAUCAUCACUCGAACAUGUUCAGUGUGUGAUUACAAAUAUUUUGGAUUUGAUGGUGAUGGUUGUGAAGCUUGUGUGUGUGAUGUGAUUGGAUCAAAGUCAGUUCAAUGUAAUGAGACUGGGUACUGUGACUGCAAGGACAAUGCAGCGGGACAAAGAUGUGAUGUAUGUAAACCAUCACAUUUUAACUUUAAUGUGGAGAACCCUGAUGCCUGUCAAGCUUGUUUGUGCAAUGAAUCUGGCUCUGAUCCAUCAGCUGAGGGAAGUUGCAAUGCUACAACAGGACAGUGCACGUGUAAAGAGAACGUAGAGGGUGUGAAUUGUACACAUUGCAAGACAUCAUUUUUCAAUCUGCAAUUAUCCAAUCCUACUGGCUGUGAAGCUUGCAAUUGCAAUUUCAAUGGAUCCACAGCAUUGUCAAAGGGUGCAUGUGAUGACAGUGGUCAGUGUGUUUGCAGGGAAGGUGUAACUGGUCUGAAAUGUUCUGUUUGUGACGAUGGAUUAUAUAUGAUGUCUUCUGAUGAUGCUGACAGUUGUCAUCCAUGUCGUUGUUCGCUGUCAUCUUCAGUUUCUCUGACAUGUGAUAAGAUCUCAGGCCAAUGUCAUUGUAAAUCUGGUCUGACUGGACGUACUUGUGACGUCAUUGAAGAUUUUCACUGGCUGCCAUUUUUGGAGGGUUUCAUUUAUGAAGCAGAAUUUGCUAGUCUGAGUGUACGUUAA